UUUUUAUUUUUACACACAUAUUUUGGUUUAUCUUCCUUCUACAAUCAUUAUCUGAAAAUUAAUGACUCAACUUCAAAGUCACGUUUAGUUUCACCGUUAUAUGUAUAUAUCACGUCAGUACGCGUUCUAGUUUAGCCAAGAGCAUGAUGUCUGAUGACGAAAGCACGUGUGUGGAGCCUUCGGAGGGAACGGCGUCAUCUCUUACAAGGGAACAACAACAUUUAAAAUCAUUUAUAUUGCAUUUGGAAAGUUUGCCAGAAAUUUUGGACUCUUCAAGAAAUGAUUAUUUAAAUAAAUUGAAAAGAACUCACGCUUAUGAAAAGUUGGUGCUGAUCUACAAAAAAAUUAAGCCGAAUGCAACAGUUGACGUAAGGAAAAAAAUAAACUCCAUAAGAUCAAAUUACAGGAAAGAACUCAAAAAAGUUUUGUAGUCAAAACGUUCGGGAGCUGGCACGGAUCAAAUAUACACCCCAAAAUCUUGGGAUUUUCAUAUGCUGAAAUUCUUGAAAAAGACUGAACAACCUGUUGGCCUGGGACUUCAAUCACAAGGUGAAGACGAGGAAAACUAUAGCGAGAAAGAUUCACAUGAAGUAGAACAACAAAGCAACUCUAGAGAAGAAUCAGCCGACUCAUCUUUUUCGUCUAUCAACGUUCUUGCUCCUCCUCCUCGAAAGAAUAGAAAAACUGGACCUAUAGCAAGACAAAAUGAACUCAUACAAAAAGCCUGUUCUUUAUUAUCAUCAAAACCAUCAUCAUCAAGUAGCGUAAAUCCAACAGCAUUAUAUUGGAGCCGAAAGCUAGAAAAGAUCCACCCAACUCAGAGAACGUUUGCUGAAAAGGCAAUUAAUGAUAUUUUAUUUGAAGCGGAACUUGGGACUUUGGAAAGAGAUUCUGUACAAAUUAAUGUGUCUCCGUAUAGUCGUACCGGGCCUGCGUCUUUGACAUCUCCCUAUAGUGGGAACCCUACAGCAUCACCAGAUUCACAUAUUUCACUAUCUGGAUCAAGUACCUAUGUCCAAAUUCCAUCUCCGUCUCCUCCCACACACCCUCCAAACAUUAAUGUUGUAUACACUAUACAUCUCAGGGUUUGUCUUCAAGGUCCACACUACAAAUAAAUACCUCAAACCAAAGCGAAAUGAAUGCAACUUGCAUAGAUUCACCUGAUCUCACACAGACAUCACUCAACAACCAGAUACUCGUUACCUAAUCCAUAUUCCUGAAUCUAAAGAAAACAAUUACACUUUGUCUACUCAUUUUAAAUCAUUUAAAG